GACAGCUCUGCUGGAUGGACUCUGAGGAGGAACACAACCAGAGAAACCAGGACUCUGUGUGGAGAUGGCUGGGGAUAUCCUGCUGGUUCUAUCUGUAACAUCAGCGUUAUGGUCUCACGGUACAGUGGAGUUUACUGGUGUGAGUCCAGAGAGGGAGCAACCAGUAACAGCAUCACCAUCACUGUCACUGGUGGACCAGUGAUCCUGCAGAGUCCUGUCCUCUCUGUGAUGGAGGGAGAAGACCUCACUCUGACCUGUAAAACAAAGACGUCCUCCAACCUCCCAGCUGGUUUCUAUAAAGAUGGCUCCUCCAUCAGGACUGAGCCUGCAGGUCACAUGACCAUCCACCAUGUUUCCAGGUCUGAUGAAGGCCCCUACAAGUGUCUCAUCAGCAGUGUUGGAGAGUCUCCACCCAGCUGGGUCUCUGUCACAGGUGAGGAGGUUACCUUUGAUUUCAGGAGUUCAUUCAUCCAGAUAUUCACCUGACAGCUGAUUCUCUCUACAGAGAAUCCUAUGAUUCCUACGACUUUGAGCUCUCUGCCAUCCCUCCACCUUGUGGUCAGACUGGUCUGCCACCUGGUGGUGUUCUGUCCGUACUGCAUCUCCACUUUCAUCAUGG